AUGACGGAACCGAACGAAGAGCAUGUGAACCAGUUGCUGAGUAUGGGGUUCCACUUGGAAAACGUUCGACGGGCCCUGAAAGCUACGAAAAAUGACGUCAUCGAGGCAGUGGCCAUUUUGACGGAUGACCACCCAACAACUAGUCUCAGUACUUUAUUUGAUGCCGAGCUAGAUAUGAACCCCAGUCACAGUGUUGGAUUGCAGAACAUGGCGGACCCAGUUGAUGAACUUCUUGCCAUUAGCAAGCACGAGAAGCCUGAAGUAGCCACGAAGGAUGAACCCCUUGAGUUUCCAGUGGUGAAUAUGUAUGAAUUGGAAAAUCGAGUUUUCAACGAUUCUUGGUCCAUUCCUUACAAGAAGGAUGAGUCCUUAAGCAUUUGUCUGGUCUCUGCCAUCAGAUAUGCAAAGGAAGGACUUUGUGACAGUGAUGUCAACUGCUCUAGAUUCAUGUACAAGAGUAUGAUAGAAGCCUUCAACAAAUUGCUGGCAACAUCGGUGGUACAUCGAUGGUCCGUUGAUAUUCAAGAAGGAAUCUUUGAGAUGCUCCAGUUACUCAUCGAGUUGAUUAUUAUAAGGCUGAAGAUGGAGAAUACUUCUCUGCCCCAUGACCUACUUAAAUUACUUGCCCUGGUGUUCAACAGUGAAUCCGAAUUCAACAGCAAGAAUAGGAGCAAAUUUCCGGAAAAGCCCCAACAUUGGGACGAGCUGUUUGGCGACCAACCAUACACCAUUAGACCACCUGAUAAGGAUCCAUACGGAUGGCUGACUGAUCUUAUAAAUGAGUUUGCAGAAAUGAAUGGUUUUGAGUUGUUCAGAGACAAAUUGCAAGCGGCAGCAACAGACAUUGAUGAUAUGUUGGCAUUAUUUUCCGUAUUUGCACACUGCUGUGAAUUCCUCAAUGCUAAAGUUGUUGGUUUGUAUCUUAGUGACGCCAUGCAGUCAGCCAUCAACUAUGCCUGCCAGCUGUCAGACUUUAAGGAAAAGAACGCGGGGAACGUAUGUGAACUGUUGCUUGUGAUAAAGAUGAUCUGUAAGAACUUGUGGCCUGAAAAGGUAGCAGACCUCGACAAGCUGAGAGUGAACAUCACACUUAAAAUGCUCAAGUCCACUCAUUUUAACGCUAAGAUGAAUGCUCUGAAAGAGGUCACUAAAAUGAUUGAAGACUGCCAAUCAAAAGAUGCUUCAAGGUCAAAUGAAGGUCAGGGCAACAUUGUUGAUUGGAUCGUUAAGGAGAGGGUUCUUUCAAUUGCUCUGGAAGGUAACAUAGACAAAGUUCAGUACUGUAAUAAGAUCAAGAACAUAGUAGAAUACUUGGGAUCAAAAUUGUCUGAUGAGGAAAUCCAGAAGAUUUGGUCGAUGCAGUCAGGUGAACACUCAGCAGUCAUCGACAACAUCCACAACAUCAUAUCGGCAGCUGCUAUCAAAUUCAGCACCGAGCAAUUCGAUAACCUAGUUAAGCUCAUCAUGAUGUCAUGGACAGAGGAACGAAGUUUCAUGAAGGAGCGCCUGCUGAGGUUGAUUGGCGGGAUUGGCAGGGAAACAAGAAACACUAACAUCGUUCACAAGGUGCUGGAGGUGUUAUGGAAUUUGGCACACCUCCCUGGCCUGAAGCCUUCCUUAUUGGACAGAGCACUGCUGGAACAUCUGCAAAUCAUCAACGACCCGCAGAAUGUUAAGGAACCAAUUAAGAAAAACUACAUAAUGAAAUGUGUCACAAACAUCAGCGAGGGCAUCUGGAUUCUUCCAGCUCUGAAUCACCUGACCCAAAUUGUCAAGGGCAUUGCCAAGUCGAGUUACCACAAAACUCAAAGGAACAUUCUGCAAGAAUUGAAUAAGAACCAGCAGGUCAUUGAACUGACCACAAAGAGCCUUUCAAAGUGUCACGACUUCACGACAUCAACGUCGUCUGUGUCGUCGUCGUACCUCUCGUCGACCUCAUCCACCGUUACGUCAACUUCAUCCUCAACGUCGUCAGCAGCAACCAUUGUGGCUACCUUAAAAGAGGACACUCAAAGUAGUCUCACCGCCCAUCAAAAUUACGUGAUUGCCCACUUGGAGUUCUUGCAAUUUCUCUUGGUGGAAGGGUGCAUGUACAUUCCAUGGGCCCAGUGUAAGAAGGUUUGGUCGAUACUGGUCAGUCACCCACAGGCCACUACAUGGGAUAAGGAGGUAUGUUAUAAGUGGUUGAGUAGGAGCAUCAAAGACUUGGAGCAGGAUGCACAGAGGAAGAUGUUCCAUGAGGAAGUGCUUCAUCUCGAUCCUUCUAAGAUGACUACUGCAGGAUUUCACUGUUUCAAAUGUUUCUUUGAGGAGAUCAACGCCCAGGAGAAUAAGAUGAGGAUUUUCAGCAACAGUGUUGUUGACGAGCCAGAUGAACUCCAUGGACUUGAUUAUUUGUGGAAAAUAUGUCUGACCUCGGUGGACAAUGACAUAGCCGACCAGGCAAUCCAUAUGCUUCUCUGCGUUUCCUAUCUCAAUCUUGAUUCCAAGCACAAACGAGACCCUCAGAGACUUCACAGGAAGUUCAUUAACGAGUGCUACAAUUGGCUGGAAAGCGUCAUGAAACUUCCUCCGUUCUCAUCAUCAUCGUGCUUCUCUUCACCACCACCACCUGCAUCAUCGCCGUCGACCACAUCGUCACCACCAGCGACUCAGUCGAUGCCUUCAGUGUCGUUACUACCAACUGCGACUCCACCAUUUCGUUCAUCACCGUUUAAAAGUUUUGCAAAGGAGGCAUGGAGGGAUACUUCAUCCAGUGCAAUACAAGAUGUUGUCCUGGGCGUGGAGCGGUUGUUGCUGCUGGCAGAGAGGUACGUGGUGAGUGUGGAGGACCAGUUUACAGGGCUGAGGGCCUACCCGCCUCACGGGGCAUCGUUCCAAGGGCAGUACAUCAAGUUGUUCGUGACCUGCGAUAACCCCAAGACUGACUUCACCGUUGUGGCCCACAGUAACGAAAGCAUAAGAUCAUUGAAGAAGAAGGUAGCAGAUAAGAUGUCACUGAACCCCGAUUUCAUCCAAUUUCCAACCAAUGACAAAAUGGAUGGAAAGUUGUUGCAUCAGUCUGGCCUGGAUGAUAAUCAGGUGAUUAAUGUCAGAGUUUCCUCUUCAUCAUCCAUGGCCCUUGUCUCUUACUCAUCAUCGCAGGAGAAGUAUCUACCAGGUGUCUUGAUGUCUAAAGAUGUUCAUGUCUUCAAGACGCUGUACCAGUUGGCUUCCCUAGACCUUCCACGCAUCACGCACCGAGUUCGAAACCUCCUGAUGCUCAUUCCAACUGAUCCCGAGGUGCUGCACAACUUUGAUGCUAUUGGCCGGAAGAAGAUGAAAGUUUCAACAGCGUGUGACGAUGAAGUGAAGAGGUCCCCAGUUCAACAGAGCAGCGUCCAGUGUAAAUCCGCAUCAUGGUCGCUGACAACAUCAACAUUAACAUCAACGACAUCAACAUUAGCGAUGACAUCAUUAUUAGCCGAAUCAACAUUUAUGACAGCAAUGUUAUCACCAACAACGUCAACAAUAUUUUUCACCUCACCGAUACUUUCAACAUUGUCAACAUCGAUACCCUCGUGUUUAAAGUCAACAGCACCAACUUUACUGACUACAUCCGUUCUUCCACAUGCAAUAGUUUCGUGUAAGAUAUCUUCAUCGUCACAGUCAACGUUAUUGACGUCUAAUCCUUUCCUUUAUUCGGAUGAUCCUGCAUCGCCAUCUCAUUCCUUAUUAUCACCCUCAUCACUGUCCACGUCAUCGUCAUCGUCUUCGUCGUCCUCAUCAUCAUCCUCAAGAUCCAGGCAAUCAAAUAACUCUUUUGAUACAUCUCCUCCACAACAAACUUUCUCGAGACCGACUGCAUUGUGUAUAGUGUCCCAUCUGCCUGCUGUAGCUAACCUCUAUACUUCUGCUACUCACACGUUAGCAAUCUCCAAAGCACCAUCAACAUCUUCAACGUCGUCAUCUUUCGCGUCGCAAUCUUGUCUAUCGCCAGCCGAAAGUUUGAUUUUGCCAUCAAUAUCAUCACCAUCGACCACUGAGACACUGCCUUUAGAAUUAAGCAACCAAAUAGCAACAAGUAUUAUAUCUCUUGAAAUUCCCCAAGUCCCACUCUCUGCAGCAGCUACAGUAGUAACGUCACCAGCAACGACGGCUACCACCAUGUUGCCGCCUAUAACGGUAGAUAAAUCACCGGCGUCGUUUUCUUUAAACAAGCCAACACCACAGCAAAAACCUCACCCACAGAAACAACAACAGCAGUCGAAAGAACAACAGCAGUCGAAAGAACAACAGCAGUCGAAAGAACAACAGCAGUCGAAAGAACAACAGCAAAUGAUUCAGGCGACACUUGGUGAAAUUCUAACGAGCAUGCUGGACCCUGCAUCUCCUGGCAUGAACUUGUUCAGAGUUCUUUACAAUAUCGAGGUGCUAAGUAGUCGUUUGAUACCAGCAUACUCGGUGGAUGGCACGUCGUUGCAGAGUGCCCAGAUUUUCUGUCAGGAUUUCUUAGAGGCAGGUGGUUUGAGUCAGGUGGUGUCCAUCCUGCAGUGUGAGACCCUCAACAACGAGGAACACACCGACCCAGACACUAGGCAGGGAUGCUAUGCAAUCUGUCUGCAGCUGCUCAGAUUCAUGUUAUGUGGCAAGGACGGAACAGGUGAGCACUGCCUCAGCAGCUACCCCCCUCCUCCCUCCUCAAUAAAACUUGCAUCACCACCUACUUCCGAUAGCAGUCUGCCAACAACACCAAAAACCAACAAAACAACGCCAACAAAUUUUGCAACAAUUUGCAAAACACCAUCUUCUGCUUGUAAAGCUGUACAAAUGAUGACGAGAACGCAGUUCACAAAAAUGAUUGAAUGUUUCGUCUACGUGGCUUGGCAUGCCGCCACUGGAAGGAUGCAGCCGAGUGCCAUCUGUGCCGACAGCAAGUGUGCCGUCAACAAUUCCAACAACAACAACAACAACGCCACUGACAGCAAUAAUAACAACCAGAAUAACGAAGGCGUUAAUAGCGAUAAUAAUGACAUGAUUAUCGAUGAAGAGAAUGAUAAUAACAUGAACAAUGACGCCAGCACCAACGAAAAUAACAACAUGGAUACCACUGAUCAUCAUCCCUCACAAAAUUGUUUGCCCUCAGAGCCGCAAAGUAGUAACAGCGACACCAGCGACAAAAACGAUGGCAACAACAGUUGUAGUAUCAGCAGCUGUGUCUCUGCUUCUUCCAACUUGAACGUUGCUGACAACAUCAUUUUCAGUGCUGCAAACAUCAAGGACUCUGGCAUAUUAGUCGACCAGCUGCUUCUCAGUGCAUCAAACAGCUCAGACAGCAACAUCAGUGCAUCGUCAUCUUCAGAGCAUCAUCUAGGAUCACCGAUGUCGUCAUCAUCUGCUUCUUUCCUAUCCAUACCUCACAUUGAGAUUUUCCUGAUUGAUGUUCUGGUGACAUCAAAAGAUGAGGAGGUGAGACUGAAGGCAGUGGAACAGCUCUGCAUCUUGAGCAACCUCCAGCUACCCACAGGAGUUUCGUCGUUCUCGCAACUGAAGGAUUCACACAUUACUCCGCAUAAGUUGACAUUCGACCCUGUUGAUGAGAAAUCCACAAAUAUUUCAAAGCUUCAUCGACAGCAGCGGCAACAUCAGCAACAACUUCAACAGCCGCAACAAAUCGACCCAUCGUUUCAACCUCCGCUCAGUAAGAAGUUAUAUUUUUUUGAAGUAUCUCAACCCAUUAGAAAGACAUCUACCACUACUAUUGCUACAGUUUCUUCAGAAAAUCACCAUGCCACAUCUGCAGCAGCAGCUUCAACUACAUCUACAAACAUGCAAUCAAGUCUUAUGAGCAAACGCCAGAAACAACUGCCCCCAAGUGUUCACUUCACGUCUCCAAAACAUUUCAUGUUGACAGUUUUAAGAAGGGCCAGGCUGCCUUUUUGGGUCUCCUCCACUCAGACAAGAAGCUCCAGUCUAAAAUUGUUGAAGCAGAGCAAGGAGUUUUUCAUGCUUCUCAGUAGAUUACUCUGCUAUCUUCCUAUUGAAGACCAGAAGAGACUAGAGAUAAACGUGGAAUGCAUGUUGAAUGACGAGAUAAGGUGGCUGAAGAAUUUCAUCUGCUCUGAAGAUGCACUGCUAUCCGAUGUUGAUAAUAUUCUACUGAUGGGUCAUCUGCAUCUUGUUAGGAACCUGCUGACCUGCGUCGGAGUCAACAAAAAAUAUUAUGGAUCUAUUCUAAUUGAGGAUAUCUUGUACAACUUCCUGUUUCCUGCUUCUCAAAUAAUCAUGAAUGAUGCACGCUCGAUGGUAGGACAUGAUUAUGACUGUAGAACCAACAACGCAAGUGCCAAGAGUAAGAAGACCUCCUGCUGUAAAUUUCCAAAUCAUUUCAACGCCAAAUGUUCCAACUCGCCAUCUCGCAUUGAGGCUUACAAUCUCUUAAUUGAACUUUCGUAUGAGGAAUUUGAGAAUUUGAAGUGCGUCUGCAAUCAGCUGGCCGACAUGCACCACCAGCCAAACAGCAUACCCGCCAACCAAUGGGAGUACAUGCCUGCAGUAGAUGGUCGGUCAGGUUCUGGCUUCGUGGGGCUGAAGAAUGGAGGUGCAACUUGCUACAUGAACUCUGUCAUCCAACAACUGCACAUGAUUCCUGGCAUCACGGAAUACAUCCUCUCACUUGAUGAUGAUCAGAUACAAGAAAACAGUGUUUUGUAUCAGAUGCAGCAAGUGUUGGGUCACCUGCUGGAGAGCAAGUUGCAAUAUUACGUUCCACAGGGGUUCUGGGAGGUCUUCAAAUUGUGGGGUGUCCAGGUAAACAUCAGGGAACAACAGGAUGCCCUCGACUUCUUCCAUGCUCUCAUUGAUCAACUCGAUGAACAGAUUAAGAAACUGGGCAGAGAAGAAAUAUUUAAGAAAACGUUCCAAGGUUUUUUCUCAGACCAGAAAAUUUGCAAGGGCUGUAAGCACAGUUAUGAACAGGAGGAACCAUUCUUUGCCCUGAACGUUACAGUAAAGCACGCUACACUGCAAGAAUCUUUAGAUCAGUUUGUUAAGGGAGAGUUGUUGGAUGGCGACAAUGCUUACUAUUGUGAACUCUGUGGCGUUAAGCGUGACACGAUAAAGAGGUUGUGCGUGAAGACGCUACCGCCAGUCCUCUGCAUUCAACUGAAGAGGUUUGAUUAUGAUUGGGAGGCCAACAGGGCUAUCAAGUUUGAUGACUACUUCAGGUUUCCAAUGACCCUGGAUAUGGAGCCGUACACGGCGGAAGGCAUGGCGUGGAGGGAAGAGAUGGCCCAAUCAGAUAGUGACCCAGAUUCAGAUGGCGGACACACGAUGUUAGAUACAUCCGACAAUAACAACGAGGAUACAGAAAUAUUUGAAGAUCAGAGCAUGGAGGUCGACACACAUUCGUCCAGUAAGAAACGAUCUACCGUUCGAAACGUCAACGUAUCCAUAUCCCAUCCGACCAAUCACAUCAUAUAUGAGCUGGUGGGCGUGGUCGUUCACAGUGGACAGGCCAACGCUGGCCAUUACUAUUCAUUUAUCAAGGAUAGAAGAGGAACAACUAGCAGCAACCCGAAGAAGCACAAAUGGCAUAAGUUCAAUGACACCAUGGUUGAGGAGUUUGAGAUGAAUGAAGUCAAUUUGGAAGCUGAGUGUUUCGGAGGAAAGUAUCAAGCCAAAGUAUCUGAGAAUAACUCCUCUCACACAGAAGAACAUCAGAGGUACUGGAAUGGUUAUCUGCUGUUUUUUGAGAAGGUCGAGGACUCAAAAUGCCCAACGUCUGCCAAGAAGAGCAAGGUCAUGCUGCCCAGAGAGUUGUUUUUAAAAGAUUUUUUGUUUUUAGUUCGUGAAAAAUAUUUACAACUGUUCUUCGCUUUUAGCAGGCGGAAUGAGAGAAACAGUUUGAAAGAUUUGGAAGAGUUGGUGCAUAAAGGAGAAAAAAAAGGACUAUUCGGCAGUCACAUGCCUGUCAGAGUUCAGCAGCUGGUCAGAGCAGAGAACCUGCUGUUCAUUAAAAACAGAAACAUAUUUGAAGUGGACUACUUCUCCUUCAUCAAACGUCUUGUUUCUAGGAACAUGCACCUGGAAGACAUAGAGCUUCAUUUGCAGUCACUGAAGUUUGCACUCAUCUUCCUAUUCAACACUUACUACAGGAGUAACUUCAGACUGAGAUACGACACGAAUGAUUGGGAGGCUUUGGUCGUCAGUUUGAUUGCAAAGUCGAAGGAGACAGGAGCGCAUAUGAUGAAGUUCCUCUCAUCUGAUGCACUCCCUUAUCUCAAAGCAAUGCUACUGGAGUGUCCGUGCAGAGAGACCAGGUGUUCUCUGACCAAGUACAUUGAGGUGACCAUCAGGUUCUGUCUGCAAAAUGAUGUUUACAGUGGUCCAUUAUCUAUGACCAACCGAGAUUUUGACAUCGUCAUAGAGGUUCUCCUCUCCUGGCUAGAGAAGGAUGUACCAGACAACUGCAAACAGAGCAUGCAGUACUUCUACAUACUCUACAUAUAUGCCAAAAUCAGCAACAAGACCUGUGCACAUCUCCUCGUCAAGAAUGCCUUCAAAAAGUUGAUGGAAUUUCUACUUGGAAGGACUGUUGAUCAGCAGGACUACACAAACAGAAGAUGGGGCUCGCUACAAGCCAAAGAUUUCGGAUAUCUCCAUGACACCCUGGCCACACUGAUCCUGCAUACCAACGUCUCUGCUCAUAAGACUCAUGAUCCGGGUCAUUUAAUUGAGUGCAGUGUUGGACUGUCAGAUGCCAUCACCAUCACGCCCAUCAGUCCAGCUGUCUUCGACAACAACAACAACAAAGAACAUGCAAUCGAUGCUGAUGAAGAAGAUGACGACGAUGACGAUGGUUUGAAGCGACCGCGUCUAAGAAUACUUGCUACAAAAACUUCAGCGUCAUCUUCGCCGUCGUCCUCUUCUUCUUCAUCAAAGCUUCCUUUCAACAUGCCACCAGAGAUGGCUAGGUAUUUGUACGGGGAUAUGUCGACGAGGUACAUUCACGAGGUUGUUCAGGCUCUGAGAGAACUACCAACUAGUGUAGAGUUGAUUCAGAAGAUGUUAUUGCAUUGCUGCCAGGACAACAAACCAUUCUCCAUCCACAUACUUACCAUGCUUUUUGAUCAAUGCUUGAAUGCACCACCAAAUGAAUUAAAAAAUGUCUUUUCGACGCUACUCAGCAUUUUAUUGUUGAGUGACCAUCUGCAGCACAUCAGAUUGAAAUAUAUCAUGGAAGAGGUUGGCGAUGACCGAGCCAGCAAUCCCACUUGCUACCAUGGCAUGCUAGAAUUGAUGAGACAGAACCAUUCAAUGGAGAGCAAGAGGUCAUAUCACUUCGUCAAAUUCCUCGUCAAUCUAUCUAAUAAGAGCUGCUUGGUUAAGGAUUACCUGCUCUCCAGAUCAGGAAAGUGGCAGUGGGCUGUCAACUGGUUGAAUUCGAAGAUGAUGGACAACCAGUGGCCAGGAAGCAACAUGAAUCAUGCAUUAUAUCUUUCCAAUGAAAAAACUGACAGCAGAUCAUUCCAGAGGACUAUCAGCGCUCAGGACACGUUGGCAGAUGCGACAGCCUUGCUGACGGAGCUAGAUUGCCGGGAUUCUAAGGUGAACAGCACGUCAACCUCCUCACCCUCGCGGUAUGCCAACACCAGCCAGGAGAACAGUCACAACAACAUCACCGACGACAACGACGAUGACUACUACGGCCACUACAAAUAUAAAAAGAAUUUGACACGCGCUCACGAAUACAACUCUAAAAUGAAUUACGACGACGAUGAUUACAACAACAACGUCAGCAACAAUGAAGACGACGACAUUGAAAAUGACGUUGACAUAAGCGAGAGCAAGGACAAUAUUUUAUCCAUCAGAACUAGCAGGGGCAGAAGAGGCUUUGGCGACAGAAGCAACAGCAGCAGCAGCAGCAACGUCAACAAUUUAAACGAGACCAACAAACAGAACCUGGCAUCAGCUACCAGGGUUAACAUCGACAACGAGGAACUCAACCAGACGAUGAAGGCAGCUCCCUCCCUUGAUUACGAAGUCGAAAUUUGGGAUUAAUGAUCAUUGAUUGAUCGAUCAAUUAACAAUUAAUUAUUGAUUAAUAAUUGAGUAUUUAAAUUAGUGAUUAAUGAUAAUUAGUAAUUAAUUAAAUAAGCGGGUUAGGCAUUUUUUGCCCCUUAUAACUUCUGUGGCAAUGAUACGUCUGACUUUUCUAUUUUAAUUAUAAUGAUAAUAAUAAUUAUUAUUAUUUUGCUAUUAUUAAUAUAGGUAAUAAAUAAAUAAAUAAUAAUAAUAACAAUGGCAUUUAUGACAAUUAUAGUAAAAUCAUUUAAUAAUAUUAACUUCAAUAAAGCAUUAAUUAAUUACAGUAGUUGUUGUGAUAAUAGGGAUGAUAAUAAUAAAAAUAAUAAUAUAAUAAUAAUAAUGAUAGUAGUAAUAAUAAUAAACAGCAGCGGUGACAUUAACAAAUAUAUGUCAACAAAUUAUUAUUACAUCAACUCCUUUACUUAUAGCUACGUUAUAUAUAACCACCCUCAUCACCCAAAUCCUUUAUAAUAUUAAUCCUAAUAAAUUUUGAAUUUUUACGAUUAAACAUUUUCAAAGUACUCAUGAAUGAUAGCAGGAUAUAUAUAUAUAUAUAUAGCCAUUGAAAAAAAAUAUUAUUAUUAUAGUUGACGUAUUUAUUUCCUGAUUUAUUUGCUUAUCUUGAUUUAUUUAUUAUUAAUCAUUUAAACAAAUUUCUAUCUAUGACAAUGACGAUGGUGAUAAUAAAAGCACCCUACGCAAGAAUUAAUAUAUUUUUGCAUACUACAUGCUAUGUAAUAUGAUGACACUUAUACAUAUACUACGUACUACUUAUAACUAUAUUGUAUACACUUAUGAUUACAAUAUAAAUUAUAUAUGUAGAAUGAAUGUAGUACAUAUGUAUAUAUAUAUGUAUAUAUAUAUAUAGUGUACUUUAUUUUUUUAUUAUUUAUUGUAAUGGCAAUAUCAUUAUCAUUUAUUAUUAAUGUAAUAAUUAUUAUUGCUAUUAUUAGUGUAUUUAUUAUUAUUGUUAUUGUAAUUAUUAUUGUCAUAAUUAUUGUUAUUAAUGUUAUUAUUAUUUAUUUACAUGUACUUUAUUUUUUUCUUUGGUUAUAUUAAUGCUACUACUACUACUACUACUACUCGAGCAUGUCUUGUCGUCGUCGUUUGUGGUUUUCGCAGUAAAGCAAGACGUCAAAAUCUUGGAUGCGUUUUGAAUUUUUUCAUUAUUUUUAUUUAUCUUAUAAAUUAUUAUUUAUUUUAUUUAUGAUAUUAUUAAUUCCAUUCAUCUAUUCAUCGCUAGUGUAAUUGCUAAACAACAUUGAGCGAGUGUUCUUAUAUGUGACAUGCUGUUUAAUAAAUUUAGAACUAAUUUGUAUUCAUAUAUAUAUAUAUAUAUAUAUAUAUAUAUAAAAUAUAUAUAUAUAUAUACAUAUAUAUAUAUAUAUAUAUAUAUACUCUUUUUAUAUUUUUUAUAUUUAUUUAUUCAUUAUUUGUCAUAAAUCUUUAAUUAUAUUAUUUUUAUCUUAAUUAACAAUUGAAAAUAAAAGCAGUUGCAGCACUACCAU